AUGCGCCCUGGCACUUUGCCUCUUUUAUUCCUGCCGCUGGCCGUCUUCCCGCGUUCGGGCAACACGGAACAAAUGUGAACAUUUCAAACAAAAACACCGGUUAAUUUCUCGCGCUCUCUCGCUCGCCCCCGUCCUCCAGGAACCAUGGCGGUAAACUUCGGCAGAAUUGUCGUGGGGAUAUAUGUGGAGAUAAAACGGAGUGACGGGCGAAUACAUCAGGCCAUGGUAACGUCUUUAAAUGAAGAUAACGAAAGUGUUACUGUGGAGUGGAUUGAAAAUGGAGACACAAAAGGAAAAGAGAUUGAUCUAGAAAGUAUAUUUUCACUAAACCCAGAUGUUGCUCCCGAAGAGGAGAUCUCUCUGAGUCCUGUAACACCACCUCCUCCCACACCUACUUCUAUGAAGGUCAACAAGAUCCCCAAGAAUCGAAGGACUAUUGCUCCUGGAAGAGCUGAGAUUCCACCCAGAGACAAUAAAGUUGUAUCAACACGGGCGCGUCCUGGCCAGCAGCAACCAGAGUCAGCCCUCCCUCCACCUGCUCCACAACCAGCCCAACCUGCACAGACCCAAACACAGCAGAGCCAACAACAGCAGCAGAAUGCGAGGAGGAAGUCCAACUGUGUAAAGGAGGUGGAGAAACUGCAAGAGAAGAGAGAGAGGCGGCGAUUGCAGCAGCAAGAGCUGAGGGAAAAGAGAGCCCAGGAGGUGGACACUACAGUCCCCAAUUAUGAAAUAAUGCAGAUGAUCAGAGACUUUAGGGCAAGCCUGGAUUACAGACCACUAACCACAGCUGAUUUAAUUGAAGAACACAGAAUAUGCGUUUGUGUGAGGAAGCGUCCUCUUAACAAAAAAGAACUCACUGCAAAGGAGCUAGAUGUUAUCACCAUCCCCAGUAAAGAUGUUGUCAUGGUCCAUGAGCCUAAGCAGAAAGUGGACCUCACACGAUACCUAGAGAAUCAAACAUUUCGCUUCGAUUAUGCCUUUGAUGACAGUACAUCAAAUGAAAUGGUUUACAGGUUUACAGCAAGACCUUUGGUGGAAACCAUCUUUGAGAGAGGAAUGGCUACAUGCUUUGCAUACGGUCAAACUGGAAGUGGAAAAACACAUACAAUGGGUGGAGAUUUUUCAGGAAAGAACCAGGAUUGUUCAAAAGGAAUCUAUGCUUUAGCUGCUCGCGAUGUUUUUCUUAUGUUGAAGAAACCUAACUACAAGAAAUUGGAUCUUCAAGUCUACGCAACCUUCUUUGAAAUUUACAGUGGAAAGGUGUUUGACUUGCUGAACCGUAAAGCAAAGCUGCGCGUACUGGAGGAUGGCAAACAGCAGGUUCAGGUUGUCGGGCUGCAGGAGAGUGAGGUCCGGUGUACUGAAGAUGUUCUCAAGCUCAUUGAGGUUGGAAACAGCUGCAGAACGUCAGGACAGACUUCUGCCAACGCUCACUCGUCCCGCAGCCAUGCAGUCUUUCAGAUCAUUCUGCGAAGGAAGAGUAAGAUGCAUGGUAAGUUUUCAUUGAUUGACCUGGCAGGGAAUGAGCGUGGUGCUGAUACGUCCAGCGCUGACCGGCAAACACGACUUGAAGGAGCAGAGAUCAACAAGAGCCUACUUGCACUGAAGGAGUGUAUUAGAGCCCUGGGGCGGAACAAGCCACACACACCGUUCAGAGCCAGCAAACUUACACAAGUCCUCAGAGACUCCUUCAUAGGAGAGAACUCACGGACAUGCAUGAUUGCCACCAUCUCUCCAGGAAUGGCUUCAUGUGAGAACACACUGAAUACACUGCGAUAUGCCAACAGAGUAAAGGAGUUUGGGAUUAGUCCCUCAGAUAUCCCAUUUUCUCAGGGAGGAAGUCGCUCUGGGCUCUCUCCCACUUGCGAAGUGAAGGAGCUGACCGUAGACCCAAACGCAAUGGCCGAAGGAGUCCGACCCAACACCAACGCCAUCAACCAGUUGGACAUCAUGGAGGAGGAGUGGGAGCUAAGCAGCUCCCCUCAGAGAGAUGACCUUAAGCUGCUCUGUGAACAGAAUGAAGAGGAAGUAUCUCCUCAGCUCUUUACCUUUCAUGAGGUGGUGUCCCAGCUAGUGGAGAUGGAGGAGCAGGUACUGGAGGACCACCGAGCAGUGUUUCAGGAGUCAAUUAGGUGGCUGGAGGAUGAAAAGGUUCUGCUAGAGAUGACCGAGGAGGUGGAUUAUGACGUAGACACCUACUCCUUCCAGCUGGAGCAAAUACUUGACCAAAAGAUUGAUGUCCUGAUUGAGCUCAGAGAUAAAGUGAGGUCGUUUCGCUCAGCCCUGCAGGACGAGGAACAAGCCAGUAAGCAGAUCAAUCCCAAGAGGCCACGAGCUCUGUAGACUUGGAACUAAGGUCACAGGCAUAAGCAUGAUGGCUAAACACUUGGCAGAGUUCAGCAAAUACCAAAAUAACCAUAAUGUGUGUCUGUGCUACACGACCUGCUCUAGUGUCCAGCAGAGUUACCCAGAAUUUGAAUGUCUUUCUUUGGCCAACAUGUGAAAUAUUCAAAACAUUAGAUUAUUACAUUGAUGUACUGCACUGCUUUAAGUGGACUGCUGAUCUUCAAGGAAUGUCCGGCAAAAGCUGCAAUUGUACCCAUCUACCAAUGAAACCUCUCACACGAAAUUACACUGAAUAUCAUUUUGAAGAUCAGCAUGUGCCUUAAGACAACUGUACAAGCACAGCCGUUCAUGUAAGCAGGUGGGAUUUGUCUUUUGUUAGAAAAUUGAUGGAGUGAUCUUUGCAGUAGAUUACAUUUUUUUGUGUUUUUAUUUAUUUACUUUUUUAAAGUUUAGUUAAAUGGCUGUUAACUAUGUUGUCCAUGUUUUAGGGUCUUUACCACCACCUUUAUUUGAAGCUUAUCUAAACUGAAUGCAUGUGCUUUUUAAUAACCUGUUCCCCAUUCUGUUAACAGCAUGGCAGACCAAGGCCCAUCUGCACUUUAUAUAACCCUGUUUCUCUAGGAGUUGGACCUCCCACUGAAGUAUUACUCCAUUAUCUCUCUUUGAGGGGUCUGUAAUGUUCAUUUAGUUUGUUUCAGUUAUACUGUUCAACAUAUUGUAUAAAUUAAUCUCAAUGAGGUUGCUGCUGCUCUGGGGUGUGAGUAGAGCUGUAUUUUGUCAAUAAUACUUAAUUUUGUUGUUUCUGGUUUUACUAGGGCAUUGUUCUCGUAAUCAUUUUUUUACUCUGUGCUGUGGCUCUUUUUGGCCAGCUGCAGAACGCUUCAUUGUAUAUUAACUCCAUCUUGGCUGGUAUCUUGAAAAAAUGUUGCUCAAAACACCCCAUUUAUAUACUUUUAGAAAAAAAAGAUGCUAUAAUCAGACAUGUAGAAUAGUAGAACAAACCAUUUCACUACAGCUGAUCUUUUUACUGUUAUCACUAAACUCUGGAGGGUAAUUAUUAUAUUACGAUUUGAUGAGUGUUCUGUUUGCAGUAUAACUCCGGCUGCUGCUUAGAGCCUCAGGAAAGUAGGACAGUGCAGGGAGAGAUCACCCAACUUCACUUGAGCCAGGCAACAGGGAGACAACUUUAGAAGCAGGUAGUUGGAGUGACGAAAACUUGUACACAGAAGAGUUUGCUUCAGUGAAAGCAAGACUUUUAUAUUUGGUAUCAAAAAUUCUGACUAAAAUGACAAGUUUUUCAUUGAUUUAUUGUAUCUAAGCAAAGAAAACGGCAACAUUAUCCAGUAUUUUAAACUAUAACUAUGGUACACAUCACACAUCAUAUGUACCAGUACAUAUUUAGUACAGGUGUUGAAUUUGAUGGUACUGACCACAUGCUAAGUCAUUAAAAUAUUUAUGUACAACACAUGGUUUCCCUGGGACAUUCCUAUAAAGCAUAUAUCACUCUUACAGACACAUAGGGUUUGUUUCUACCCUAUGAAAGGUACCAACAAUCCUAUUGCAGCGUGCUAAAAGAAAACGCUUGCCCUUAUUUAAGAAGUGUGAAGGUUUCACAUGCCAGCUUUCCUCUUUUACGGAGGUAACAGAGGUGUAAUAACCUCUUUACAACUGGAUUUUAUUUUUAUCACACGUUUCUCAAAUAGGCUUAAGUGAAAAAUAUGGUGUUAUUGAACAUUUUUGCAUAAUAAUAUAGCACCUUGAGAUUAACAUCUAAAUAAAAGGCACACUAUAAUUAAAAUGCGAUAUCAAUAUGAAUAUACAGUCCAGACAUCCUGUAUUUGAGCUUCAUGAAAAGUGGAUCCCAGCGGAGUUGAACGCAUGAAGUAAUCUGAGGAUAAGAAAGUAACAAGAAGCAAUUUAAAGCAGAGGAAUGUAAUUAUUUGGUGUAUCAAGAUUAGCUGCAGUGAAACACGUAUUUGCAAAGUAUAUUCACGUACACCAUGAAGUCAUCUAUGUCCAUCGAUCUUGCCCGUUUUUCACUAAACCCAGCUUCCUGUAGAACGCUCUCAAUUUUCUGGAUAAUGCUGAAGUCCUCUGGUACUUCCUAUUAAUAUACGAUUUGAAUGCCCAACAAUCAAAUGUCUGACA